UGCGACUAGAGAAGCGCGUGCUUGGUAGGCGGGUGCUCACCGGCGACAGCGUCUUUUGAUCUCAACGUCGUAAUGGACGCAUAGCUACAGAUCGCUGUCGGUGCUACCUCGCCACAGGAGCAUGUGGACAUCCAACCUGGAUUUGGAAUUGGAAGACAGUUGUGACGUCACCACUUCCGGCAUUGGCUCCCACGAAUCAGCGUCACCCACGGUGUACCCGCUCGACAGAAAAAAGAGCGGUGCAGCGCUUUCGCGGGAGGAGCGCCGCCGCCGCCGGCGCGCCACACAGAAGUACCGGCUGGCGCACGCCACGCGCGAACGCGUGCGCGUCGAGGCGUUCAACACGGCGUUCAGUGAGCUGCGCAAGCUGCUGCCCACGCUGCCGCCGGACAAGAAGCUCUCCAAGAUCGAGAUCCUCAAGCUGGCCGUCUGCUACAUCGCCUACCUGAACCAUGUGCUCGGCAGCACCUGAGCUACGUGCGUGGCGGCACUUGAGCUACGUGCGCGGCGGCACGUGGGGGAGGAGGGCGGACGCCUCCGGUCGACAGACAGCGCCUGCGAGUCGACAGACGCGUAGCCGUGAGGUGCUGUGGCGGCCGUACAUGUGCCGGGUGUGGGUGCGGCUUUGGACGCCGGGGUUUUCGGCUUCUGGAAUGCGGCAUCAAGCCCUCGUGUGCUUCGGGGGAUGGCUUAGUCAAGCACGCAGCCAGGAUCUUGCUAAGGGAGGGGGGGAGGGGGCGAGUUUUUUUUAGGGCCGCGGCAACCUGAGGUUUCCCACGGUUUCACUGAAGGGCCUCAAAAUCUGCUGUCAUCGGAUUUAGCUCACACUGGUUUGCACAAAGGCACCAUUUUAUAUCACCACGGGCCUCUUAUCCAAUCCAGAGCCCCAACAUGCUUUUGAAUAUCGUGCAGAGAGUCCAGUCACCAUUGGCAAAUUUAAAGCUCGCAAAAGUAUUACGAGUUCAGGAUUCUUAUGCUGACAGCAUGGACCUGCAUUAUACCACGAGGCAUUGCUUCAACGACGUUACCACGCAAACAUUGGUUAUACUGGCAAUACUCGUCUUCGUGUACAUUGUUUCGCCAGUUCCUCGCGGUAAAUUGAAGCUCGAUAAUCGUCAACAAAAAAUUCUGAGCUGACAACUCCGAAAAACCAGGACCUGCGGCCUUUCCUGCUUAGAUCAAAGAUAAAUAUUCAUACCAUAUAAAUUCCGGCACCCUUCGGACGCCUGUAGCGCUCCCAACUCCCAGGGGCUGGGGGAGGGGUCCACGCCUUCGGCGCUCCUUGGCUGCGUCGUCGGUUUAUGUGGUAGUUCCAGACGUCAGUUCACGGUGGAUUGGUUGUUAUGUGACAGGCAGCGGCCUUGGACAGCUCCCUCGUGCAGGAGGGCGCUGGGGCGACGGCGUGCCACUGAAUUGAACACGCUGUCAGUCCUGGUAUGCCUGGCUCGGAGAUCAGGGAGUUCUAGUCAUGAUGUGUUGAAGUGACGCUUUAAACCUGCACCAAUGCUUUGUUUAGUGUCGGUACAUGUCGCCACAAGCAACAUUGUGCGUGCAGAAAGGCGGCAGACGUAAUCCAUGCACUCGUGCUACACGACGUAACUUUCAAGUGAGCGUUGAGUUAGAGGAAGCAUUUUCUUAUUCUUCUCCACACCAAGGGAAAAAACUAAAUUACACAAAACACAGCUUUUCGACUUCAACAAGCGCUGAGCAAUGAAACAAUGCUACGCUGACACUUCCUGCUUCGACGCGCUGGACUACAGCACUAUGGCUUACACCCCUAUCAUAAAACGGAUGCCACUCCAGUGUGCUCAGCUUCAACAUGUUGAUCUUUGGCACAGCCUGUCUUGGACGCCAUGCAGCUGUGUGUUGCGAGCCCACCCGACAUGGCCUGUUGAUCUCGACACGUUUUGCUUUCUUCCUUGCGCCCGCCGGCAAUCCUGUGCGACGUUGUGGAUGGUGUGAGAGCGUGGUCAGAUGCGGGCGGUUGACGGAGCUCAGGCGUCAGCUGAUGGCUUUGAGUUUAAAGGAGACAGUGCAAUACAUGUGAAGGUGUUCAA